AUGCCCAUGACCACGGAGGUGCAGCAGGCCAUCACCCAGAUAAAGAAGGAUGUCCAGAUCCCCAUAAAUACGAAAUGGUUGCAGAUCCGCAACCACUUGAUGCAAGCAGGGCUCUUGUACCAGCUGCAGGUGGUUCCCAGCUCCAUGCUGGUGCACCCAGCCAAUCGCGGUGGCGCCAUGCUUUCAUGGCAUGACUGCCACCACAAGGGCCACGCCAUCCUUGCCACAGGCCCAGACUUCGCCAAGAUCACCCAGUCGGUGUGCAUCGAGUUGGCCACCGAUGCAGACAAGCGCCAGGCCCAGAUCAAGGCCAAUGUGGAGCUCUGCGAGGCCAGCGGAGGCCAGCUAGCCAGACCCACAGGGCAGGAACGGUACCUGAGCCUGGGCAGCUCCCACUUGACCCAGUUUUGCAAGGCCGUCGAGAACAACGCCAAGACCAGCCACUCAGAGCUGUCCAAGCUUUGCCAAGGGGUGCUGAGCCUCGAUGCCUGCACCCAGGGCCAUGGGCCAGAUUCCGGGUUUUCCCGGAUGAUUUCGCAGGGAUGGAAAAGGGAUUGCCUGGCCGCCGAGGUCGAGGUAAUUUUCCCAGACCUCCCAUUGCUCAUCCAGCAAGCUUUGAGUUCCUCCCACAUCACCCAAAGCUCCGGGAAUGAGGUCGAAGCGAUGUUCCACAUCGCUUCCCACUUCGAGGCCACGAAAUCCUUGCCCCAAGCGGUGCAGCUGGCCAUGACCACACGACCACCAUGUCUGCCAUACAUGAGCUCGGUGAGCAACUUUGUCCAGAACUAUUCUGGGGGGCCAAGCUUUCCAAUCGUGAAGAUCUUGGCCCAUGUGAGUCGAUCCUUCCAGACGUCCCUCAGCCUCGGCCAGGAGUUCACAGAGUGUGUAAGCCAGCUGGAUUUCAAGGAGCCAUCCUCCACGUUCCCGUGGCUUCGAGCGGCCAGCUUCGCCGCCAACUUGGCCUCUCCCCACUCCAAGGACAACAUUGGGCGGUCCAUCUCCAAGUCGGACGUGGAGAAGCUCCGCCAUCCGAGCCAGCGCUCUGAGGUGCUCCAAGCGGAGAAGCAGCUGCAGGUGAACUUUGAGCUGCUGAAGGCCCAAGGUGACCAUGAAACCAACUUGGGGCUGUCCUGCCAAGCGCGGGCCAUGAGCAGGACCAUUUUGUACCUGACGAAGAGGCAGGGCAAGGGCCAUGAGAACCACCACUAUGACAGUCUUGCAGAGAUUGCCAAAGCCUUCGGCCUGGAGAUGCAAAAGUUGCACGCGGGACUGCAGUCUGUGUUCAGUUUGGUAAGCUUUCAUGAGGACACCAUGGACGCGGCCAAGAUCUGCCUCAAGCGAACAGCCAUGCAAAUCGGCCAGUACUACAAGCAGAAAGGCGAAGCCAAGCUGUGGAAGUUCGUCGAGCUGGACCAUGAGAAGGCCCACUUCCACCACCAGCCUUUGUUCAGUUCCGGCGAGGAGCUAGAGGUUCUCACAGUGCCACACGAGGAGUUGAAGAACUUCAAGCUGGCCCCAGGCGAUCCACCCCAGCUGGUCGCCACAGACGACAUGGAGCCGUUGCUGCCACAGAACAGCCAGACCGUGGAGAUGGAGCAGGCCAAAGCCAAGGCCAGCCUCCUGCUCUUCCAGACCUACAGCAAGUGCUCCAGCUGGCACAUGCCAGAUGCAUCGAGCUUGGUUUGGGCAACCAAGGGCGCUGGCCUGUUUGCCAACAGCCAGCACCAGAAGUUGACGCUGGUGCCAUACGGCACCAUGUCCACCCUGAAGGAUCCGGCCAAGCAGACUGUCAGCAGGACCAGCUGUGUCGUGUCAGGCCCGAACGCCACCCAGUUCCAAGUGUCGGCGCCCAAGCUGGACCUCGAGAAAGUGCAGGGCUUGGCUGUGCCUUUCUUCCAUGUCGGCCAGACCACGGAGUCAGACUUGGUGAACAUGGAGGCCGCCACCAUCAACGUGGAGAAGCACACCAUCCCAUGCUAUCGCAACAAGCGCAAGCUCCAGGCUGGGGACCAGCUGCUGGUGCUCAAGCCAGAAGAGGACACGCCUGACAAGGCCAAGGAGACCAAGAAGGACAAGAAGGAGGCCAAGGCCGCGAAGAAGGAGGCCUAG